GUCCAGAGAUGAGUUUGAUGGCAGCUCUGUGUGUGAACGCGGUGACAGUCAACAUGUUACUGAGUGUCUUCUUUCUUUCAGAUGUUUCAGCUGAUUGUGGAGUUAACACAGCAGAUCUCUUCAUCACUGCACCAAAGGAGAUGGAAGCACUGAGUGGAUCUUGUUUGUUAAUCCCCUGUAACUUUAGAGCUAAAGAAGGAACACAGUUUGACAGCAGCAGAGACAUCUACGGAGUCUGGAUUAAAAGUGACUCACAUUUUUCUGACAAACCAGACAAUGUAAUUUUCAACAGUAGUCAGUCGUCAGUUAACAGCUACAAAAUGAAAAUGAUUGGAAACCUGAGAGAACAAAACUGCACCACUCUGUUCUCUGAUUUGGACAACAGUACAACAAACAAAUACUUCUUCAGAAUUGAGAACGGACCUUUCAAGGCAACAGCUUGUGCUGAUCCUCUUCAGAUAACAGUCACAGAUUCUCCGUGGAGUCCCAGAAUCAUCAUCUCAGGUGAAGUGAAGGAGAAGAAGUCUGUCACUAUCAGUUGCUCAGCUUCCACUCCCUGUCCACACUCCCCUCCUCAACUCACCUGGAACCUCCAACAAAACUCUCACAGCCAAAUAGAGAAAAACACAGAUGGAACCUUAACAAGUAAAAUCCAGCAGAGCAUCACUCUGUCAGACUCACAUAAUGGAUUCAACAUCAGCUGUUCUGCUACAUAUCCUGUGGGUGAAGGAAAAUAUGGAAAGACCAAAGAGACACAACAGACUCUCAGUGUUACAUAUGCCCCCAAAGAAACCUCAGCAUCCAUCAGUCCAUCAGGUUUGGUGUCAGCAGGUAGCUGGGUGAACCUGACCUGCUCCAGCAGAGCCAAUCCUCCUGUCAGCAGCUUCUCCUGGUUCUUAAAAACUGAAGAUGGAUCCAUGAUCCAAGUAGCUGAAGGACACUUUUACAGACACAAGAUGACCAACAUGACAGAAAGUUAUUACUGCAACGCAACAAAUAUUCUUGGUAAUCAGAGCUCAUCAUGGAUUCAUUUGAAGAGUGAAGAUCACCAACACUUUGGGGCUGUUGUCUACAUCACAGUGAAGAUCCUGGGAAUCGUGACGCUCUACAGCACAUUCAUCAUUUUUGAGUGCUGCUUCACAUCAAGAUGCUGCAACGAGGCAGACAAGGACACAGAAGAAGCAGACUAUGUCAACGCAGUGGUUGAAAUUCAAGCAUCAUGAGCCACAAGGAGAGAAACAAGAUGUUGACGUCACUGUCAAUGGAAUGAUUUUAUUUGUUUUGACUUAUUUCUACCUACUGCUGUUAUUCAUGGAGUUAAAUGUGAUUUAUGAGAGGAUCAUGGCAUCAUCCAGGCCUGUACAUAUGAAACAACUAUGCUGUGUAGAAGAAGAAAAGAUCAACAAUUAUAUAUGAAGUCAUUUUAAUAUCAACAUAUUGUUUCUGUGUGGAGUUAAAGGAGGAUUCAAAUUAGAAAAUCAAUUACAAAAAUAAUUAUUGUAUAAAUAUUUUUUCCUCUCUGAUAUUUCUCUGUGUGCUAACAUAGACAAGUUUGUACAUUUAUAUGACAGCUGAAUUAUUGUGACAUCAAUUUAUUGAGUCAUCAACUUGUAGUAACACAAAUGAAAACAUGCGAAGUGAAGCUUUGAAUCCCUGAGGUUUUCUCAUCAGUCCUGCAGAGCAACAGAUGAAGUGAAGUUCUUCAUGUUCUUGUUGAAUCUCUGGAUCAGCAUCACUUUUACUGU